AUGAUCAGCAAGUAUCACACUGUGGCGGCCCUGAAGGAAGUGUAUGUGACGCCCUGGAAAUUGAUCGACCCUACAAGUGUGAAGCCGGAUGGUACCACACUGCCUCCAAAGUACAAGAAGAAGUCAGGCCGCCCCCCCAAGAAGAGGCUUCGAUCGCAUGGUGAGCUCGAUCCCAAGAGAUUGCACAAGUGUAAGAAGUGCUCGGAAUACGGCCACAACUCUCGUACAUGUGACGUGCGUGCAGCUAGUAGGGCUAUGUGGGAGGCGUUGAUGACACCUGAAGGGGAGUUGCAUGCCCAAACGGUGACAAGCGUUGAUGGGACCGUCCGCACGAUCUCAUGCAGGGCGUGCGGAGGACGACAUGGCAGGGAGGUGAUCUGUGAGUCGUUGAGGCGUGAGGGGACGGGACAAGAUGAUGAAGGGGAGGGCUCCUCUGGUGAUGAACUUGAGGAUAUCACUGAUGAGGUGUGUGAUGAUUCCUCGGAUGAAAACAAUGGUGAGGGCGGUAACGUGGCGCAUGUGAUCUUCACUCGGUCACACACGGGGCUAGAAACAGAUGCACAAGCUACUGCCACGACCCCCGAGGGCAACCAGGGUCAAGGACAACAGCCUGUUGCUGAAGAGUCCCCUAAUCUUGUGCAAGUGGGAACUCAGGAAAGUUCGGCUGCAGUGGAAAUGGCAGCAUUUGACUCUGGGGUGCCCUGCAGGGAUGACACCGUUGGUGCUGCUGUGACGCAUGGGAGGGGGUCUAGAGAGUCCGUCGCCGCUAGGAGGUUGAGGCGGUUGCAGUGUCUAAAUAUUCAGAGGGAAGUUGUCGACCCUAGCAGCAUGGAGCGGAGUGGCUUGGAUCCGCAGGAGGAGGAACCAUUGCUGCCACGAAGUAGAGGAACAAGCAGAUGGGAAGUAGAGGAACAAGCAGACGGGGUAGGGGGAGCAGCGAAGCUGGAGGGCGUGCUGGGAGAGGCAAUGGCAGGCGUGGAACGGCGAGAGGUGUUCGGCAGCAAGGGAGAGGAGUGGGUGUGGGGCAGCAAGGGAGAGGGGUGGGUGUGGGGCAGCAAGGGAGAGGAGUGGGUGUGGGGCAGCAAGGGAGAGGAGUGGGUGUGGGGCAGCCAGGGACAAGUGGACAAGUGUGGGUGUGGGGCAGCAAGGGAGGGCUGUUGGUGUGGGGCAGCCAGGGACAAGUGUGGGUGUGGGGCAGCCAGGGAGAGGAGUUAUGGUGCAGCCAGGAUUGGUGCAGCAAGGGAGAGGAGUGGCUAUGCAGCAGCAUUCGGGUGGGGUGACUAUGGGGCAGACAGGGGGGGGCCAGCAAGGGAGUGGGGUGACUACAAGACGGCAGGGGACGGGAGGGGUGAUGGGGCUGCAAGGGAGUGGACUGGCUACGGGACAGCAAUGGAGUGGGUUGGGAAUGGGGCAGACAGGGGGGGGGCAGCAAGGGAGUGGGGUGACUACGGGACGGCAGGGGACGGGAGGGGUGAUGGGGCUGCAAGGGAGUGGACUGGCUACGAGACAGCAAUGGAGUGGGUUGGGAAUGGGGCAGACAGGGGGGGGGCAGCAAGGGAGUGGGGUGACUACGGGACGGCAGGGGACGGGAGGGGUGAUGGGGCUGCAAGGGAGUGGACUGGCUACGAGACAGCAAUGGAGUGGGUUGGGAAUGGGGCAGACAGGGGGGGGGCAGCAAGGGAGUGGGGUGACUACGGGACGGCAGGGGACGGGAGGGGUGAUGGGGCAGCAAGGGAGUGGGGUGACUACGGGAUGGCAGGGGACGGGAUGGGUGAUGGGGCUGCAAGGGAGUGGACUGGCUACGGGACAGCAAUGGAGGGGUGUUGGAAUGAUGCAGCCAGGCAGGGAAGUGGAUAUGGAUCGCUACAGGUUUGUGGGAAUGCAGCAGCGCUGGUGGGGUGUGGAGCAGAAAGGGUGAGAAGUGGGCGGGUUGCUGCAAGGGAGUGGGUGGGUAGGGAGCAGCAAGGAAGUGGAGUCAGUGUGGGCAGGAAGGGGGAUGAGUGGGUAUUGGGCACUCAGGGAGAGGAGUAG